AUGGCCACGAGACCGCAGCUCUUUACCCGCGGCCUCUCGGGCCUCUCGCAGAGCUCCAGCGCCGGCGACAUCAGCUCGCCCGCCGAGCAGCGCGACGACGCCAAGCGCAACCUCUUCAAGACGAUGCGCCCUCUUCCCACGCAGCACUACUGGGACGUCUACUUUGACCGCGGCAGCGGCAGCGGCCAGGAAUACACGGCCCAGCUCGAAAAGAUUGGCGCCCCGAUCGAGUCCGUCCAGGACUUUUGGCGCUACAACAACAACACCCCCGUCGAGAACAUCAAGAUGCGCGAGUCCCUCUACCUCUUCAAGUCCGGCUUCCGCCCCGUCUGGGAGGACCGCCGCAACAUCAACGGCGGCAGCUGGACCUUUCGCGUCCCAAAGGCCAUCGGCCCGGACUUUUGGACGCGCAUCCAGCUGCUGGCCAUUGGCGAGAAGCUGCAGAGCGUCAUUGACGAGGCCGAUCAAAUCUGCGGCGUCGGCCUCUCGGUCCGCUUCAACUCGCACCUCAUCACCGUCUGGCACCGCGACUCGUCCAAGCAAAACUCCAUCGACGCCAUCAUCAAGUGCAUCCUCGAGGAGCUGCCGCCCGAGCUGCAGCCCAAGCAGGACAAUUACUUUUACAAGAAGCACAGCGACCACGCCGGCUUCAAGGCGCCGCCCGAGCUGCAGGCCGUGCUCGACUCCCAGAAGCGCAAUGCCGCCGCCGCCGCCGCUUCUGCUGCUUCUGCUGAUGCGCCGGCAGUGACUGUUGAGCCGCCUGCUCAGUGA